GCGCGAGCCACUGCGCGCAGGGCGAGCCAGCGAGAGGGCGCGAGCCGCGGCGCUGCCUGCAGCCUGGAGCCUCGGGCCGGCGGCGAGCUGGUGCGCGUGCGCGGCGGCGGCGUCUCGGAGCCCACAGACGCGCGGGCGAGCGGCGAGCGGUGCGGGGCGCGAGGCUAGGCUGAGCCACCGGCGACAUGGGGGACCGCGAGCAGCUGCUGCAGCGGGCGCGGCUGGCCGAGCAGGCGGAGCGCUACGACGACAUGGCCUCCGCCAUGAAGGCGGUGACGGAACUUAAUGAACCUCUUUCCAAUGAAGAUCGAAAUCUCCUCUCUGUGGCCUACAAGAAUGUGGUUGGUGCUAGGCGAUCCUCUUGGAGAGUCAUCAGCAGCAUUGAGCAGAAAACCAUGGCUGAUGGAAAUGAAAAGAAAUUGGAGAAAGUUAAAGCUUACCGGGAGAAGAUUGAGAAGGAGCUGGAAACAGUUUGCAAUGAUGUCCUGGCGCUGCUUGACAAGUUCCUCAUCAAGAACUGCAAUGAUUUCCAGUAUGAGAGCAAGGUAUUUUACCUGAAAAUGAAAGGCGAUUACUAUCGCUACUUGGCAGAAGUAGCCUCCGGGGAGAAGAAAAACAGUGUGGUCGAAGCUUCUGAGGCUGCCUACAAGGAAGCCUUUGAAAUCAGCAAAGAGCACAUGCAGCCAACGCACCCCAUCCGGCUGGGCCUGGCCCUCAACUUCUCUGUCUUCUACUAUGAGAUCCAGAAUGCACCUGAGCAGGCCUGCCUCUUAGCCAAACAAGCCUUCGAUGAUGCCAUAGCUGAGCUGGACACACUAAAUGAGGAUUCCUAUAAGGACUCCACGCUCAUCAUGCAGUUGCUGCGAGACAACCUCACCCUCUGGACGAGCGACCAGCAAGAUGAAGAAGCAGGAGAAGGCAACUGAAGAGCCUUCGGGUCCCUGGCUCUUCUUUCACCCACUACCCCCAUCAUCACCGAUUCUUCCUUGCCACAAUCACUAAAUAUCUAGUGCUAAACCUAUCUGUAUUGGCAGCACAGCUACUCAGAUCUGCUCUCCUACCCCUUGGGAAGCAGUUUCAGAUAAGUCUUCAUGGGCAUUGCUGGAAUGAUGGUUGCUUUGAGCCCACAGGAGCUCCCUUUUUGAAUUGUGCAGACAAGUGCGUUCAGAAUGAGGCAUUUUGCUAUGCCUACUGAUCUGUGUGAAAUCCAGGUGAGGGCCUUGGGGAAGUUUAGAAGGAGAAAUAGCCAACACAGGCUACAAUUGAUAUUUAAAUGAUCCAUUUAAAACAAGCUGAUAGUGUUUUGUUAAGCAGUACAUCUUGUGCAUGCAAAAAUGAAUUCACCCCUCCCACCUCUUUCUUCAGCUAAUGGAAAAUCGUUAAGGGAAGCUGAUCCAGAAGAAACCUCUUUCUCCUGUCCAUCAGCUUUAUAAUAAACUUUCACAGUGAGGUUUCAGCCUUGUUUUGCCUCUUUAAAUUAUGAUGUGCACAAACCUUUUCAAUGCAACGCACCUGAAGUUUUGAUACCUGUAACCUUUUUUUUUUUUUUUUUUUUUUUUGCGGUUGUUUUAAGAAUCACGGAUUUAUUUUUUGUAACUUCGGCUAUUGUCCUUGUGUAUCCUGACAGCGCCAUGUGUUUCUGCUCAUGUCAGUAAAGAUGGAUAAUUAUGAAAUGCUGGACUUCUAAAUGUUUUGGAAUUCAAUGGGUAAAUAAAUGCUGCUUUGGGGAUAU